CAUUUUUUUUAUAUUUUUUUUUUUUGUACUUUUAUUCAUGUUAUUGCGUCUCAUGUAAAUGAAUGCCUAUCAGCAAUUUACGACAUCUACGCCUAUCCACACUCCUCCCACCCCCACACCUUCAAGUUCAGCACUCUCUUCCCCACCCCUAAAACGUACUCGUGCCAAACGCAGUUGCGAUUUCUGUAGAAAACGUAAAUCUCGAUGCGAUGCAGAUAAUUCGAUACCAUGCUCCAACUGCAAAGCUUGGGGUUAUACCUGUGAAUUUCAAACCGUGCGCAAAAAACGAGGGCCACCCAGCGUUUACGUCGAUAAUUUGGAAAAACGAUGCAAAAAGAUGGAAACAUUGUUGAUGUCGCUGACUAAUGUGCCUAUCAAGGAAUUGGAGCGAAACAAUUUCCAGUUGACGGGGCGAACACAGCGAGUCAUGGCUUCACCGGUCGAUGAAUCGGAUUCAUCGUCCGAAGACGACGACGAAGAUGAUGACGACGAACAAGGUGGAGACGACGUUGCGAUAUACGACAGCCAUUCCGACCCUACUUUGGAUAUACGAGAUCGAUUAUCAGGGCUCAAUAUCCGAGAUUACGACACGCUAAAGUAUACAGGACAAUCAGCGGGUUUGCAAUUGUUUGACAAUGAUUUAUUUAAAUCAAAAACUUUUGUACGCUGGCCUGGCCGAGACGAUGUUGUGCUUCAAAUGAUGGCCGACGACGAAUUGAUGGUCGUUCGCACCGAUACAACGGCUUCCGGCAAGCCAGAUAAACGCUUAGAUGUAGGCAUUUCCAUGCGUUCUGCCAUUUUUGACAACCCACGAUCAUGUUCCCCUCCCUCUUCCGCGACGCUAAAAAAACCCAGCAAACAACUGAUGGAUAAAAUGAUUGGCCUAUACUUUAGUCACCUCCACCAUUUCUUGCCGAUUGUCAACAAAUAUCGGUUCCUCCAACAAUGCAAUUCCAAUUUCAAAAGCAAAAUGCCCAUUGUGGUACAAUCAGUACUUGCCCUUGCUUUUCGCUUUGCUUCUCAACACUUUCCUUCGUUGGAAAGUGCCGCCAGUGAUUUCGCUGACAGCUAUUUUAGGAAAGUCAUGAAACAAUUGCGUGACUUGCAAAGAUCAAGGUUGUGUCAUGUCCAGGCCGCACUCCUGAUGACCUUGUACCUGGAUAUGGACGGUGGCGAUGUUGAAUCCGUUCAGUGGUGCACUCUCGGCAGUGCCAUUCGUAUGGCUCAAGACCUUGGUUUACAUCGAUCGUGUGAACACUGGCACUUGCCGCCUUCUGAAAUUGAAACUCGCCAUCGGGUGUUUUACGCAUGUUACGUUCUCGAUCGUUGGAUGGGUGCCCGCGCCGGUAAACCAUUGACAAUUUUAGAUCGCGAUUUCGAUACCGCCAUGCCGUCAUACUAUGAAAUCUCCGACUCACCUGCGGCAGCCUCCGACGCCAAAGAGCCAAUUUAUCGCCCCUUCAUCCUUCUCAUCAAACUGUCGGAAAUUCUCGGUCGUGUUCUCAAAGCUCUCUAUGCACCCAAUGCCAAAAACUCCAACUCCAAUGCCAAUCUGGACGAUCCAACCAUUCUCGCCGUCUUUGAUCGCCGUUUGAAGCAUUGGAAAGCGUCGCUGGACGAAACCGUCGACAGCGUCGGACUUUCUGUGGCUCAAAAAGUGAACUUGCAAAUUUUCUACAAUACUAUUGUGCUACUAUUACAUCGACCUUUCUUACAACUGUCAACGGCCAGAUUUCCUCACCUUGAAUCCAUUGUCAUUGAAUCGCGUUCAGCUUGCGAUGCUGCGGCAGCGCGGAUUUCUAGUCUGGUCCAGCAGCAACGAGCGCAACAGGCAGAUCCCACGUCUUACGGUCUGCUGUGUCUGCCAACGUGUUUUAUCUAUGCCAUGUUUCAGUCAUCGCUUGUUCACCUGUCCAAUGCAUUGAAAGAUCGGAUAUCCGCCGUGAAUUUGGCGCGAUUAAAGCAAUCCAUUGCGCUGGUCCAACAGUACCAACAUCUAGGUCCCGCGCCUCGCGCUUUGGAAAUUUUAAACAUGCUGGUCACCGUCAACGAACUCUCAUUCGAUCAAGUGAGCCGACAAGACGAUUCAUUGCUCAGCUGGUCGUCGCCUUCCGUCUCGCCCACGAAACUGACAUCGAUGCCGCAGUCUUCACCUUCACAGUGCUUACCCAUGCCACCUGCGGAAGAUGAAAUGCCUAAAUCGGCCUGGUUUCAACGCAUGAUCAAUACCAGUAUUGUCGGUGGCAUUACGCCCGAUAUCCACCGUGAUGUUGAGUCAAUGAUCUCGCGACAGUCAAUGCCGCGUUAUUUGCCGACAUCGAAUACCGUGUCUCCUUAUGUUGUGAAUUACGUUAACCAUACGUCGUCGCAAUCCCCCAUGUAUCCUCAACGACCGGGAAUGGAAUACGGGAUGCAUGUGCCUUCCCCUCAUGCAGUCGGCAUGACAUCGCUACCACCGACCAAUUAUGGAAAUACGAUCGAUGCACCGUCAUUGUUGCCACAAACGACGCCACCCCCACCUCAACCCUUGCAGCAUGAUCCAUCUUUGCUUCCGCAGCGACCCGUCUAUGCAGCUCAAUCCAUGCCUCCAUCACUCGCUCAAGCACCGACCGCUUUCACUGCUUACAAUCACACCGUCGCUUCGUCACAAGCCAUUCUUCCCCCUUCUAGCUUGAACUGGAACGAUUGGGACAUGUAUAUUGAUCAUCACCAAGCUUACUCCCAACGGCAUCCUCAUCUUCCACUUCGUGAUGCUUAAAUCAGCUUUUUCUUUUCUCGUUCCCCCCUCCCGCUUUUGACCUGUAUUAACCUCGUUUCCGCGUCUUUCUUUGAGUGUCACUUUCCGGUUUUUUUUUUUCAUGUUGCAUUUUUGAUUUUGGCG